AUGGCGGAAAAUGAGGUGAAAAUGUCGUAGAAUUUCAAAAAUAAAACUAAAGAAAAAAAUGGAAUGGGUUGGCGGUUCUACGAGGGUAGAAGACCAGGAGAAACACCUACUGCUUGAAAGAUUCUACUACAGAGUCAAAAAUCAAAUUCUUCAGUAUCAAAGCGGCAGCAUUGGUUUGUUUCCACUGUACCCCAAGACAGAUGACAAGCAGAAAGCAAGGGAAAGUCAUGUCAGGGAAAACAUAUACUGUGCUAAGGCAAUAUGGGCACUUGCACUGGCAUUUAGGCACAUGGAUGAUAGCCAGGGAAGGAACUAUGAACUACAGCAGAGUGCUGUCAAAUGUAUGCGAGGGAUACUCUUCUGUUAUAUGAGACAGUCAAGCAAAUUGGAGCUCUUCAAACGGAAUCAAAGAAGUGAAAACUCACUGCAUGUUAUCUUUGAUAUUAACACUGGAGAUGCUUUAUACCAGGCUGACGUGGAAUACCCACACCUACAGAUUGAUGUGGUGUCUCUAUAUUUAUUAACAUUAGCACAAAUGAUCGCAUCUGGGUUACAGAUCAUUUAUACCAGUGAUGAAGUAAACUUCAUCCAAAACCUUGUGUAUUACAUUGAACGUGCCUACAGAACACCAGACUAUGGAACAUGGGAAAGAGGGAGUAAAGAAAAUGUAGGACACAAGGAACUGAAUGCGAUGUCCAUAGGGAUGGCUAAAGCAGCUUUAGAGACCCUCAAUGGCUUUAAUCUCUAUGGUAGCUCAGGUACAUCAUCGUCUGUGAUCUAUGUAGACCCUGAUGCACAUAACAGGAACAGUACUAUUCUUCACUCCCUGCUGCCUGUAGCCUCGUCAUCUAGGGUAACAGAUGCCUCCAUGCUUAUGAUCACUGGUUUCCCUUGCUUUGCUGUUGAUGAUAGUGAACUACGGCUCAAGGCUCAGGCCCAAGUCAAGGAAAAACUGGAGGGUAAAUAUGGCUUGAAGCGUUACAUGAGGGAUGGAUAUCGAUGCGUACUGGAAAACAGGAACAGAAGAUAUUACGAGAAGCGUGAAUUAGAAUUAUUCGAUGGCAUUGAAUGUGAAUGGCCGAUCUUCUUUGUAUAUCUCGCGAUGGAUGCUCUCUUUAGACAAGACAAAGAAACAGCCAUGUAUUACGUGAGGAAGCUUCAAGAUGGACUAUUGAUAAGCACCGAAUCAGGCGAUAUCAUUCCGAAAUACUACUUUGUUCCCAAGAUAUACGUCGACGCUGAGCGACGGAAACCGCACUCACAAGUCCGGCUUCCCUCCGACUCCGAUCAUUUGUUUUUGUGGGGACAGUCUCUGUUGAUUAUCAUGGAACUAUUAGCUGAGAAUCUACUGGACGUGAAUGAGAUCGAUCCCAUAGGAAGACAUUUAUUCCAGUCCAACAAAAGAAGAUACGGUUACUUCAGCGACAGAUACUCCUCUUUUACGGUCGCAGAAACGGAUCUCGUUGUUCAAGUAGCGCUCAUCUCAGAGAGUAGAAAUUUGCAGUCUAUUCUUGCUACAUUUGGCAUCGAGACACAAACUCCACAGCAGAUAGACCCUAUUCAGAUCUGGCCUCCGUCUCAGCUCAUUCUGGGAUACGAGAGACUGGGUGUUAACCGUAAGCUUGGUUUGCUGGGAAGACCGUCAAGACCGAUAGGAGCACUGGGAACCAGUAAAAUUUACCGGAUCCUUGGCAAGACAGUAGUAACGUACCCUAAACUACUAGACGAGUUAGAUUUCUACAUGUCUUGGGACAUGUUCCUCGUUAUUGACCAGAUCAAGACUGUGAUCUCAUUCGUGCGUAGCAACUGGAGCAUGAGAGGGCGGCCUACCGUAUGUUUUUUACUCCGAGAAAAUAACUUGAGAGGUAAACAUUUCCACGAAAUGUUGAAUCUUCUGGCAUCUUUCAAGAGCGGUGAAUGUGGUGAUGCUAAAGUACGGCUUGGCAAACUGCAGACACUUAUCUCCACCGGAUGCGUGGAACACUUGGACUUCGUGCAAGGAGACGAUGAGUUGAAUCCAUUGUCCGGUGAAAUAGAACAGGAAUCUCCGGGUAUAGAAGAAGAUUCAAGAAAAAAGUCCCGGUUCAGUCGACUGAGUCGAUCAAUGACCAUAUCAGAAGAACGUUCUGAGGAAAACAUGGUAGAAGAAGAAGAUGGUAGGGACCUGGUGACUAAAUCACGUGAGACCUUAAUGGCUGAUCUCCGGGAACAUUGCAGCCUAGAUAGGCAGAUGCUUAUCCUUGAAGAGCUUUUCAAACGAGAAGGCAAAGAUUUUCGGACCCCGGAAGGUACUUUAUACGAGCGAAUCGAUGCGGUCUACCGACAGGCUGGCUACGAAAAGAACUGGUCAGUGGUGCGAAGAGGAGCUGGGCUGCUAAGGAAACUGGUGGACAGUCUUGCGCCUGGAAUCACUACACUACUGGUCUGCGGUAAAGUGGUGACUAUUGGCAUUUACGGUCACGAGGAGAAGGUUAUUUACGAACCACUGACCCCAGCAACUAUUCAGAAUAUCCUGUACACCUUUUGUUACCCUCAUGAUGUUAGAGAAGCUGUUCUACAACAAGAGAUGGUACUGUACAUGGCUUCUUACAUCGCCACGAUUCCCGAAGCAUUCGAAGGAAUACUCAAGAUCCGUAUUGGGUGGAUGAUUCAAGCAAUGAAGCAUCUCUUGACUUAUGGAUACACCCUUGGAUCUGUCUAUGCUCAGCCACCCUAUGCUGUCAAGAAACUGCUCAAGAUUGUACUCAGGUCACGUGGUAAACUACAUGGCCAGGAUUUGACUCCAAGGACACCCAUGCAAAAACGACAGUUGGAUGGUGCAGUGCAUCGAACGCCUCCACUCUUUUAUGACAAAGUGUGGAAUAUUCUGUGCAGUGCGUCUGGUGGAAUCAAAGUCAGUAACCACUUGCUGCCUCAGUUACCUACCAUCUCUGACAUGACUCGAAAUGAGAUCAACUUCCAGCUCAAAGUGGAGGAGUUACUGAACGAUAUAUCGAACCCUGAGUACAGACAGUUAGUAGUAGAAGUAUUACAUGAUGCUAUCAGACUCUACACCAUCGACCAAGAGAAACUUGGGAAACGUGGUCUGAUCGAAAAUUUCUACAAUACACCACCCGACGGGAAAGGAGGGACUACUACCUACCUGACAAGGGCCAUAGUGAACAGGCUUCUGGCAGAGGGCAUGGAUGUGUCUGCUUGUACUAUUAGCUAAAUCAGGGACCUUAUGAGGUAUGAUAAUAAAGGGGACUACUACCUACCUAACAAGGGCCAUAGUGAACAGGCUCCUAGUUUAGGGCAUGGAUGUGUCUGCUCGUACUAUUAGCUAAAUCAGGGACCUUAUGAGGUAUGGUAAUGAUAAAGGGGACUUCUACCCACCUGACAAGGGCCAUAGUGAACAGGCUCCUGGCAGAGGGCAUGGAUGUGUCUGCUUGUACUAUUAGCUAAAUCAGGGACCUUAUGAGGUAUGGUAAUAAUAAAGGGGACUACUGCCUACCUGAUAAGGGCCCUUAUAAACAUGCUUCUAAGUCUAGCAGCGUACUAAAACUUUAUAAAUGCCAAGUACUAUUUUUAGUUAAGUCAGAAACAAGAAGGAAGAAUGCUCAAAACAGAUCGUCUUUAGCUCAGAAAAUAGCAUUUGUCCUUUUGCUAUUUAAGAUUGGAGCGAUAAGAUUUAUAGAUAAAAAGAAUUAUCCGUAAUAUGAUAAACAAAAUGAUAUUUUUCGUAGCUAAUGAUCUUUAGUUGACAAAGAAGUCUACUGCAGACAGAUGCUCGAUAUCCAAGUACUUUUACUGUUAUUAUGAAUGUAAUUCAACUGAUUCUUGUAACCUUAA